UGCAGUCAAACGUGUGACACCGCGUAGUGCACGCAAAAUGACACCGGUGCCGCCACCGAACAUGCCAUUAAUAUAACCUAUCUGCCGGAAAAGGCAUGAAGGGGUUUUAGGCGGCCCAUCCGAAAGCAGUAGUGGUUCUAGUACACUGCAGUAGUGGGGAUUGGAGGCGCCGAAAAUAUCACUUGUCAGCCCGAGCACGUGUGGUGUAGUCUCCCACUUUUCAAGGCACCUAAUGAAUGAACGCCAUCGUACGCCUGCGACUCUAGCCACACAUCUGCCUCUCCGUUGUAAUUGCUGCUGCCUCGUGGUCUGCGGCAACUCGCGAUGGACGACGUACGGGCCAUGCUAAGUUUCGACGCCUCGUGUGUGCAGCGCAAGGCAGUGAACAAGCUGCUGCAGCAGGUUGUCCACCAGCUGAAGCCAGAUGACCUUCCCUUGUCAGCUGAUGCUGCAAAGAGGAUCCCUGAACUGGAGCUUCUGGUGGAACAGUGUGGUGGACAGCCGGAGUGUUGUGAGGCGCUAGUCUCCCUGGUGGUGGGCGGACAGCUGGAGUGGCGCUUUGGCCUUGGCCAGCUACUUGGUGCAUGCACUGCUCAGGCUGCUGACCGACAGCCGAGUGGUGCUGUUGCAGCUAUGGGUCGUCUGCUGACCUUGCACAUGCGUGGAGUGCUCCAAGCUGAUGCCUACCGGUGCCCCUUUGCACUCAGGAGCCACCCGCUGGUGUUAGUGCUUCGGGAGCGGCCAGACUGUUGGGAUGCUGUUCAGCAGACUGUCCAGGAAGCGCUUGACGAGUGCAGCAUAGGUCAAGAGGAGGCCCUGCUGGAGAUGUUGCGUCCACUGCUGCUCCACUGCUUGGUUGGACCCAUUCAACCGACUGAACACCAACCACUUCGGUUGUGGCUGUGGCUAGCGCUGGCUCAACACUGGCCCCGUUAUCUUGGUGCUCUACUUCCCUGGAUGCCCCUUUGCGUUGUGGGUGUGCGGUGGCAGCUGCAGGUAUUUGAGCAGCUCCUUGGGAGGGUGGCGCCACCCAGCGAUGGCUACUGCGCUUUGCAAUCGCUGGCUGCUUGCCUGCUGGCCUUGGACAUAAAUCUCAACAGCAGAGUAGUGCUUCAGGCCCUGCUGAAAUGUCUGCAUUCCCAGACCAGGAAAGAUGUGGAUGCACCACUGGUGUGGGACGCCUGCCUGGUACUGGUGGCCAUGCUUCUCACUCGAGCUCCCACUUCCUGCCUGGCUCUGCUUCUAGAUGUCUGUGAUGCUCUUCUGGGAGCAUGUUCGCAAGGUAUGGUGCGCUGCUUGGUGCUGCCUCUGUGCCAGCUUCCGCAGGGGUUGCAGGGACGGGCAGCUGCCCUGCUGGCUCGCCUGACCACCCCUCUCAGCGAGGAGGGCUCCCCAUGCACUGCCCCGUGUGCACUGCCGUCCAGCCACCCCCUAGUGGCCGGGGCCCUGUUUUCUGCGCAAUGUCUGCGUGUAUCGCCUGCCGCUUGCCUGGAGCGUUGGCGUUGCCUUCGGUGUGUGCUGCCUGGUCGUGAUGGAGCCCUGUUCAGUCUACUUGUGGCAUCCUCGACCCUUGUCAGCAGCAGAACACCAAGCGAGGCUCAGCUGUCUCUGGAAUUACUUCGACAGGAGGUCGAUGCAUGUGCCGAGCUGAGUCCCAGUGUGCUGCCACUGCUGCUGUACGUGGUUGGCCGGAGCCACUGUCCAGCCACUCUGACCCUGCUGCUGCACUCACUCGCCGUGACGGCUUGCCACAAGUAUGCCCUGGGCCCGUUGUGGAGUAGCAUUCGUGCCCUCUCAGCCCACCACCCAGUCAUGGCAUCUAUGCUGUUGCCCAGUCUGGCGACUCUGUGUGUGAGGCAACCGCAGGCUCUUCCUCUGCUGCUGCAAAUGCUGGAGGAUUCACCUGCAGAUACGGCUGACUACAGCCUGGCUCUAGCCAAGGCACAAGCCAUCGAUGUUCUCCUUCAGCACAGUGCUUCUCAACAUGGGGCCAACCUGCUGAAUCCCCUGGUUUCCCUGGUGGCCACUUGUCGUACUGAACGACAGGGCGCGGCAGUGGUGCUGGCACUACGAUGCCUCCAGCAACUCUGCACAGCCGAGGUGGUGAAUGUGAGGACAACACUCUCCUCUGUUGUGCCCAAGUUGUGGAAAGACGACCGGCCCCUGGUUGUGCAGGCUGUGUGUGAAUUGAUGUCUGUGGUGCCCAUGGUGUCAGUGCCUACGGUGGAGUACGAACGCUACGAACAGGACACAGCGGGCCGCCUCUGGCGACUGGCCAUGACACCAGAGGCUGCUGCGGUGGUGCGGGGAGGGGCCUUCCGUGCCCUUGCAGCUUUUCCAGCCAACUGCCACUCUCUCAAGCAUAUGCCUGCUGAGGCCAAGGUGAACUUGAAGGUUCCUGCCUCCAAGACUCCCAUGGAUCUGGGUCGCUCACCCGAGGAACUAUUAACCUACACCCCAGGACACUGCUUCCUCGACCUGCUGGUUGCCAUUGAGGACGACCAAGUUUUGCAUGACUAUGGGCAGCUGCUGUCAUCGCUGGUAAAGCACGAGGUGUCACAGCUUCCACGCUCAGUGUACACAACAUCCCGGGUGGCCCUAUCUUCAAGCAGCAGUGAUGCGUCUGCACACGCCAACAUCGGAGUCCAACUGUGCACCUUGUAUGAGGCCAACCGUUUCCCAGCCAUUCAGGGAAGCCUCGCAGUGGGUACAUUGCUGACGUAUGAGCCUCCUGCCACAUCGAGAGGGAAACCUGGCUGUGCUCUGCAUGAAGGCUACAUGCGCUUGCUGCCAUCCCUGCUUCAGGACAUACCACUAGAUGGGGCUGACUGGGCGCGGUGCCUGGUUGUGACCCCUGCAUGGGGUGCCUGGGUGCGGCGUGCCUUUCGUGCAGCUGAGGAGACCCGCCGACGUGAGCUCAAAGAUGAAGCUGAAGCUGAGGCCACCUCCUGGCUCUGGGCCCGGGACACUCUCACGGAUGCAAUCAAGGCGAACUGCACAGGCCGUGCUUCGCAGCAGGGAAAUGCCCUGCUGGCUCUUUGUGCCUUGCUGGAGGCCACCACUGAGCAUCUACAAUGCUUGGACAUGGGGGCACGACGGCAGGCUGCACGCAACCACACUGCAUGGGCGCAUGCUUUGCUCAACUUGGUGUUGCAGUGUUGUGGCCUGUCUCGAGAGGAGCCACCAGACCAGAUGCACUACUUCCAAUGGCUGCUCAAGGCAUCAAGUGGAAUGCUCAUACGUGGCUGUGCGUCUAUGGCUGUCGGAGGGUUGUUGGGUCUGCUGCACCGACGUGACCCCCACUGUGUGGUGCCCUUGCUAGAGGCCCUGACUGAGCGUCUGCUGGCAGCUGAAGGCGGCCCUACGGGGCAGCUACUCACGGGGGCUGGACUGGCUGCAAGCGUCUCCGCUGCAGUGCGCCUAGGCCUCGUAGAUGCUGCAUCAGAUUCCGGAGUGCGUGCAGUGGUGCUCCGCUUGGUUAAGCAGCUACUUUACUUCUGCCUGGGGAACACAGUUAGUGAGCCAAAGCCUGGACAGUUGCUUUGCCUGGCUCUGUGCUUGGGCUCCCUGGUUCCAAUAGCACGAGGCGAUCAGGAGCUGUGGCAAAUGGUGAUUGACAGUUGCACUCGCUUCUGCCAAGACCUCCGUGCAGCUGAUCCAGACACCUGCUCCUUUGAGGUGCGUUGUGUGAGCACCACUCUUGUGGUGUGCAGUGCCGCUCAGGAGCUGCUCUCGCUGUCUAGUGUGGAAGAACUGCUGCUAUGGUUUGAAAAGAGGCGCCAGGAGGAUCCUCAAUGUCAGGGCACGGCCCUGUCAGUGGGUCUGCUGGUGCGCACCCUGGUGGAAAAGAAGCACCCCAAGGGGCCCUUGCUGUGGUCAUCACUGCUGCCCCACUGGGUGGAAACUAUGCUUGCACAGAACCAACCAACACUGGGGCGGCUGGCAGCCCUGCGGGGACUUUCCAUGGCGUUGGGGGGGGCCAACAACAUGUUGAUGGUGGGAAUCGAGGCAGCGGACGAGCAUCAGUCAGAGCGGCGACAGGUGCAGGAGCAGCUGGUGCGACUGCUGUCGCGCUCUUCGGCACGAGAUGUUGCCCUGGCUGGUUGUGGCUGCUUGGCUGUGGGACAGCUGAGUGCUGGGAGCCAUGCUAGAAGUGCCUCAUCUGUGCCUUUAAACUACUCGUACCUUGGAGAGGCCAGUGUCCUGAGACCCCUGGUGGAUUUCCUGAGUGCAUCUGUCAAAGCAGGCUCUUGGAAUUGCCACACAAAAGCUUGCCUCGAGGCCCUGAAUCGGGACUUUGGCCGGGCCCUGCCACCGCUCAACUGGACAGCACUGCUGGUUCCUAUUCUUCGAGACUGCCCCUCAGAGACGGGACUGCCAGAUUUGGUGUUGGGUGUGGCACUGCGGAGCGCAUCUUCAUCACCAGCCAUGGCCACUUUCCUUGCGACAUGUGCUGCACCACCUCUGCUUUAUUCCCUACCGAGUCCUUCUCUGGAGCGGCUGCUGUGUGGGCUGCCUACAGUUGUGAAAUCUGCCCCAAGCAGCAAGUUGGUGCCUUUCCUGGAGCUGGCCGCUGACCGUGCCUUUAAGCCAGGGGGUCUAACAAUUCUCCAGGGUGUUGAGACAGUCUUGGGUGACCAUGGCUCUGAGCUGCCCCCUGGUGCCAGGGGUGCCCUAUGUGAGCUGCUUACAGCAGUGGCACGAAGAUGCCAGGAUGAUGUGUGGGAUGCCCAGGAAAGGGCUCUGCUGCCUGCACUGGGGUGCUGCGCAGUGCGACUCACACCGGACUCCAGGGUGGCUCUGCUGGAUGCUCUCACAAACUUGCCUCUGCUCCUUGCCCUGCAGUGCCACCUAGCCGCGGCAGGGAAAGCACCAUCUGGAUGCAACAUUUUCUCUAUGGCCACCAGUCUCAGUGGGGAAAGUGAUAGACAAGUGCUGUGGCUGCUGAGCCAGUGCUUGUGCUUCCCCGAGCCAGUUGCGGAGGAGGUUGGCCGGCAAAUGAGUUGGUUUGCCGACUGCCUUGUGGCCAUCAAGGCCGGUGCCAUGCAGCAGGAGCCGAAGCUUCUCCGCUUCCAACUGCGCGUGUUGUCUCUCAUCACACUAGUGCUGUCAAAAGUACAACUACCUGUAUCAUCUCAGCUUGCUGCUUGCAGCCACCUCGAGCCAGAUCUGUGGUCUUUGCUGCCUGAGGCUCUGGCCGCUCUGUUGCUGGGCUCGCAGUCAUGCUGGCGGGAUGUGAUCAACAUGGUACUGGAGUGGCUGUCUGAGAUGUUGGCAUUGGAGGUGCCGACUGAUGUGCAUCAGCUGCUACUGUCCUGUGCCUGCCGUCUACGCUUCACUCCUGAAUAUGGAAGUAUCUGGACACAACUGCUCCCUGGCCCGCUUGCCUAAAAGCUGCCUUAAAUAAAUUGUGCCUUGCCAUA